AAAAAAUGAUAGUGGUCUUAUAUGAAAUUUUGGAAAACCACAGCUCCUCACAGAAAAAACCUGAAAUAGUAACACCCCAGAGAUAGAUGCCACAAUGAUGCGAACGCGAAAAAUUUGCGCCUAAAAAUUACAAAGAGAUCAAGUUGAAAAACCCUAACUGUGCGCCUUGGAGUCACUGCUUCAAGGAGUUGCCAUUGUUGCUCGGGUAUGUGUUCACCGCAUGCGUGGACGUACUUCAUUCCCUGGUUCGGGUUUAUGAGCGAUUUUACAUAACAUGUUCGUGCUGGAAAGAAAUUUGGGGGUUUAUCAUCCUGAUCAUGCGUAAUUUAAAUUAAGCAGCAUCUUCAAUUUUUAGAUCCAAGCUGUCAAAUGCAAUGUAAAUGUAUCAGUAAAAGUUGUUAGUGUUAAAUUCGUCGAUAUCGCUUUAGAUCUAGGAAUUAGUGGACGAAAUUGAAAUGCAUUGGCAUUUGCAACUAUCACCUUUUCCCUUCUUAUUUUGAAAAUCAUUUUGAAAGCUUUUCAACAUUAAGCAAACAUGAGAAACAAGUUUAUGUGCAUCUUGUGCCAACCUUUAAUUUAACUUGAAAGAAUAAUUUAAAAGAUACAGUAGAUAACAAGUUGAAGUAUAAACAAUCAGCUAAAACUGUUUAUUGAUAUGACUCUGAUAAAAGUAGUUCCCUUUAUGAUUGGAUAUAACUAAACAUAACAAGUUUAAAUACUACUCCGUAUAAUUAACUGUAGCGGUGUCCAAGUUCUGUUGAUACAGUUUUUAUAUGCUGCACUGUCUUUUAAUAUUCCCUUGAAACUUAUAUUUGAGGGUAAAUUUCUAGUCCAUGAGCAAGCGUACGGAAAGAGGCCUCUGUUAGUUUUUUUGUAAGUACAUUUUUCUUAGAAGGCUCUUGUGCUUAUUCACUGGUUUUUUUAAUGUGUCUUGUUGCAUCUCAUUUUUCCACGGAUUGCUUCCUGGUGGAUAACCAGGCAUAGUGCCAAAAUCUCAAGACCAUUUAUUCCACGGUCUAAUGAAGAUGUCAAGCGCUUGGACAAUAUGAGCUUUGCAAUCAUACAUAGGGGUGUAGAAUGGGAGUGGGAGAAGUCAGAGUGGAGUUUUUGGUAUAUUUAUAUAAUUGGAAGUACUUGCUCACUAUCUGAAGAGCUUUUGAUCUGGCGAAAAAUUAGAGGAUGAGGAGAUCGUAUUUUAAUUCGAAUAUAUAAUUGCCUUGGAGUAUCUUGGAGCAUAUGAGCAGUGGAGCUUGUGGAGCACCGCUCACCUCAAGGAUUGCUCUCUUGGUUUGCUUCAUAAGUUUUGUUCUUCUUUGAUAUAUUCCCUCCUUGUCAAAUCAUUCAAAUGGUGAUGGAAGGCAUAUAGGGUUAACUAAGCUGGCAUUGUUGACUGCCCUAAAAAAAUCACCCCAUUCAUUAGUGUUUUCUAUCUGCAGAAGAAUUUUUCUUUGACUUCACCUGCAAAGAUCAAGAAUGAGUGGCCGUUUCUCUCGAACUAUCUAUGUUGGAAACCUUCCUGCUGAUAUCAGGGAAUCAGAAGUAGAAGAUUUAUUUUACAAGUAUGGCCGUAUCUUGGAUAUUGAACUGAAGAUUCCACCUCGUCCUCCUUGCUAUUGUUUUGUGGAGUUUGAGAAUGCUCGGGAUGCGGAAGAUGCAAAGAGGGGCAGAGAUGGCUAUAACUUUGACGGCUGUCGUUUGAGGGUUGAACUUGCUCAUGGUGGUAGAGGACCAUCAUCCUCCAGUGAUCGUGGUGGUUAUAGUGAAAGGGGCGGUGGUGGGGGAGGCGGAAGUGGCAGCAGUGGUAGCAGAUUUGGUAUGUCCCGCCAUUCUGAUUAUAGAGUGAUUGUCCGUGGGCUUCCUUCUUCCGCUUCUUGGCAAGAUUUAAAGGAUCAUAUGCGGAAAGCUGGUGAUGUGUGUUUUGCUGAAGUUUCUCGUGAUAGUGAAGGAACAUAUGGCCUAGUUGAUUAUACAAAUUAUGAUGACAUGAAAUAUGGUAUGCGUAAGCUUGAUGAUAGUGAGUUUAGAAAUCCUUGGACCAGAACUUAUAUCCGGGUAAAGGAAUAUAAGGGCAGCCCAUCCAGAAGCCAAAGUGGGAGUCGCAGCAGAAGUAGAAGCCGAAGCAGAAGCCCGAUGAGGAGAAGCAGGUCACCAGAGCGAUCAACUUCAAGAUCACCCCCAGUGUCGCCUGUUAAACCACCCCGUCCCAUAUCGAGCUCUCGAUCAAGAUCAAGGUCCAAAUCGAGGUCUGCAUCCCCACUCCCGGCGAGGUCCGGCAGUUCCUGAUUUUAUGGGUGCAAUGUAAACACAAAUGCAGAACUUUCGGGGCAUAUGAUUUGUGCCUGGACUAUGUGGCUUUAUACUGGAACUUCUUUCUUCAUUGAAUAUUACUACUAUUAUAACUUGGAAGUUGGGGAUGUUUGUUGUUAUCGUUUUAGAGAUCUGGUUGAUUCACAAAUUGGUGGUUUUCGCUAGAAAAGAUUUGUUUGGUUAUGGUUUGUGCUGCUUGAUGGACACUUACUUUGACGUUAUCCGCAUUUAGGAUUUGUAUCUAACAUGUCUGUCGAGCUGAAACAUUUUACA